UUUACAAAUUCUCUUUCUGCCUGCUGUUCCAUUGGCAUGAAGCUCAUCAGUCUCCAUCAGAGCUUUAUUUACGACUUCACAAUCAAUGCUUCAAAAGUUCUACGUCUAUCGCCAAAAAAGCUUUGGACAUCAGGAACAGAUUUGGGGUGCAUAGGAUAUCCAGGGUACUGCUCUUCAAAUCGUCUGAUUCGCGAUGAAGCAAAAUGGGCGCGUGGCCAGCCAAACAGCGUCAAUGGGUCAAAACCGUGUGUUUCUCUACAAUUAACACAAAGUUCAUCUUUGCUCUCAAUGGAAAACUGUGGCAUGGAACUUGAAUAUAUAUGCGAAGGAAGGAGCCAAUCAGGUUCUUUAGCCUCAAUGGUCGAAGAGGAGUGUCGCGGACCGUAUAAUUUAACGCGGGGUUUAAUUUAUAAAUCAGCAGAAUGGAAAACAAUAAAUUUUUCAUUUUAGAACAAGUGAAAAAUUUGCUGACCUCCCAGCCAACAAAUUUGAAUGAAAAGUGUUUUAUCAAAUGUUACGGUGAAGGAACGGGUGUGUUCGUAAAUGGCAAGCUUGUGGAGGAGUUGAUUUACGCGCAGAUGUCUUUGAUAUCAAAAAAUGACAUAGAUAAGUUAAUGGAAUCAUACGCAGUGAUGGACACUUGCUCCAACACGACCAGAGGAAUGGAUCCAUGCGACAAAGCAGCCGAACUUUUCAAGUGCGGCAAAGAAAACUCUCCAGAGGCGAUAACUGCAUUGAUGAACAAUUUGGAAGCCUCCAUGAUGGAGAUUUCUAUACCUCUGCCUCCAACCUCGGCUGUUUGUCCAAAUAAUUUCAACUGCGUCACAGAUGAUGUAUUAAAAAUGUCUUUUGAUUCAAAACUACAUGAUGAAUUUCUUAACACAACAAAGGGUAACGCCUUAGUCAAGAUACUCUGCAACAAAAAAUACUUGGUAGUUGUUUUUAAGAGCCAAAUUACUUUUGCCAAAGCAAUGGAGUAUUGUUGUUCCUUUGGUCUGCGGCUUGCGACAAUUGAUACUAAAACUGAGCAUGAUUGCUUGCUCGCCAACAAUAUAACUGCAUUUGCUGAUGGAUUGUAUGCUGUUGCGGCCUCAAUGCUUGGUCAAAUGGGUAAACCGGCGUGGUGCUUCUCAAGUGCACCAUUUAAUGUAACCUGGGGCUCUGAAUUGUUGACCGUAGAAACUGACCUCACAAAAUUCACUGUUAACAUGCGAUUCCAGCCACCACGGUCAACAGCCGCGGCCUACUUUGACAUGAUUCCACGAGCUAUAUGUCAGUCUGUUUGACUAUUGAAACUUGAAACGUCGAUUUCAUUAACUUAACAGUUAAAAAUUCAACUUAUUGCCAAUCAAAUU